AUGUCUGAGAGAUACAUACCCAACUUGACGAAGCAGGGAUUAUACGACCCGCGGUUCGAGCAUGACGCAUGCGGAGUCGGGCUUGUCGCCAAUAUAAAGGGUGUGAAGUCUCAUGACAUCCUGAGGCAGGGACUUGAGAUCCUUUGCAACCUGGAGCAUCGCGGCGCGAAGGGCGCGGAUCCGGAGACGGGCGAUGGCGCGGGUGUGCUGAUACAGAUGCCGCACGAGUUUUUCGGCAAGGAGACGGAGCGGCUAGGCUUCGAGCGCCCGCAGCCGGGACACUAUGCCGUCGGAAUGGCAUUCCUGCCGCAUGACGAAGCGAAGCAGCGUGAAGUCGAAGGUAUCGUGCGCCGCUUCGUGGAGCAGGAAGGGCAGACGCUGCUGGGCUGGCGUGAUGUGCCGAUAUCACCCGACGAGAUUGGUGAGCUUGCGGUCGCGGUUAUGCCUGCUAUUCGUCAGUUCUUCGUGGGACGCAGCGCGGAUAUGGAGAGCGAUUUCGACUUCGAUCUGAAGCUCUUAGUAAUUCGCAGGCAGAUCGAGGACGCCGUUGCCGAGUCAGGGCUGGACGAGCGCGGGGACUUUUACAUUUGCAGCCUGUCGGCUAACAAGAUUGUCUAUAAGGGACUGAUUGUCGCCACGCAGUUGCAGAAUUUCUAUCACGAUCUGGCUGAUGAGAAAGUCGUUACUGCAUUUGCGCUGGUGCAUUCGCGCUUCAGCACGAAUACGCUAGGCACAUGGAAGUUGGCGCACCCAUACCGCAUGGUGAUACACAACGGCGAGAUAAACACCCUGCGCGGAAAUAUCAACUGGAUGACCGCGCGUGAGGGCAUAUUCGAGUCUGACGCGCUCGGCGACGAUGUGAAGAAGCUGCUGCCCAUCAUCACCAAGGGAGUGCAGAGCGAUACGGCGAGUUUCGACAAUGCGCUAGAGUUGCUGCUUGCGACGGGGCGCUCGCUGCCGCACGCUCUGAUGAUGAUGAUACCGGAGGCUUGGGGCGACCAUUUGCCGAUGGAUCAGGGGAAGAAGGACUUCUACGAAUAUCAUUCCUGCCUGAUGGAGCCGUGGGACGGACCCGCGCUCAUGGUCGGUACGGACGGCGUGAAAAGUAUGCGCUGUGCUGGACAGGAACGGUCUGCGUCCAUGUCGCUAUCUCGUAACGACUGA